CACACACAAUCAUCAGCUCCAAGCCUCCAGCUGCUCUCUUCUUCUCUCUCUACCUUCCUUGACUCACCAGUCGUCUCUGCAAAAUCUAAGCAUGGCUGCGAAGGUGCACCCGAACGUGGCCUUGCCGUCGCUCGGCCAGCCGCCGGCCGACGAGGAGCCGGUCACGCUGACGGUGUGGCGCAAGUCGCUGCUGCUCAACUGCCGGGGGUUCACGGUGUUCGACGCCAGCGGCAACCUCGUGUACCGCGUGGACAGCUACGCGUCCGACUCUCGCGCCGAGGUCGUGCUCAUGGACGCCGCCGGCCGCCCCGUGCUCACCGUCCGCCGCAGGAGGCUGAUCGGCCUGGGCGCCGACCAGUGGCUGGUGUACCCCGGCGAGGAGGCGCGGCGCACGCCGCCGCUCUACGCCGUGAAGCGGAGGGCGCCGGCGCAGUACAUGCGCGGAGGGGGCCAUGGCAGCGCCAAGUCCAUGGCGCACGUCGCGCCCUGCUCUGGCGCCGCGGGCGUCGGGGCGAAAACCGGAGGCGGGUACGAGGUGGAGGGUUCGUACCUGCGACGGUGCUGCACGGUGUACGACGAGCGGCGGCAGGCCGUGGCGGAGGUGCGCCCCAAGGAGGCGCUGGGCACAGACGUGUUCCGCCUGGUGGUGCAGCCGGGGAUGGAGGUGCCGCUGGCCAUGGCCGUCGUUCUGGCGCUCGACCAGAUGUUCGGCAAGCCGUCCCUCCUCAGGAGCUGGUCCUCCUAGUCAUCAGCACUCACCGUGCCGCUCCAUUGGCAUUGGUGUGCUUCGUUUCCUUUUUUACCCCCAUUGUUUGGGCACGAGAGCAAAAGAAUUGUCCAUGGCUGCCUUUUUUUUCUCUCUUCCUCUUUGAUAUGAAAAUCGAUCCGGGGUCAUCGUCGAUUGUGCAUGGAAAUCCCUCUGGGUGUGUGUGGUUUUGUUUUUUUUUUUCCUAUGGUAAACCAUGCACUUUGUAAGGAGGGAUCGAAGUGAAAUACUUGGAAAAAACAAAAAAAAAGUUAGAGUAGGCAA